GGCGGCCAUGGGGCACCCGCCGCUGGAGUUCCGCGCCUGCUACCUGGACAGCCCGGCCUUCCGCGAGCGCCUCAAGCGCUACGAGCAGGAGCUGGAGCGCACCAACAGGUUCCUCAAGGACGUCGUCCGCGACGGCAACGCGCUCAUCGGCGCCCUCCGCGCUUACUCAUUCGCUGUGCAAAAAUUCUCUCAGACUCUUCAGUCCUUUCAGUUUGACUUUAUUGGGGACACGCUGACAGAUGAUGAGAUUAAUAUUGCUGAAUCCUUUAAAGAAUUUGCGGAGCUUCUCCAGGAGGUGGAACUUGAGAGGUCGAUGAUGGUGCAGAACGCCAGCGAUUUGCUGAUCAAACCUCUGGAAAACUUCCGUAAGGAGCAAAUAGGACUCACCAAAGAAAGGAAAAAGAAAUUUGAGAAGGACGGUGAGAAGUUUUACUCUGUGUUAGACCGCCACUUGAAUUUAUCUUCAAAGAAAAAGGAAGCCCAGCUACAAGAAGCUGACCUACAGGUGGAUAAAGAACAGCAUGUUUUCUUUGAAUCUUCCCUGGAAUAUGUGUACCAAAUCCAAGAAGUGCAGGAAAGCAAGAAGUUCUGUAUUGUGGAGCCUGUGCUGGCUUUUCUUCACAGCCUCUUUACCUACAACAACCUGACGGUUGAGCUGACACAAGAUUUCCUUCCAUACAAGCAGCAGCUUCAGCUCAGCUUGCAGAAUACAAGGAAUCAUUUCACCAGUACACGUGAAGGGCUAGAAGACCUCAAGAAGAGGAUGAAAGAAGCUCCCUUGACCUGCAAACUACCUGGGCAGCCGACUAUAGAAGGCUAUCUGUAUACUCAAGAAAAAUGGGCUCUGGGCAUCUCGUGGGUGAAGCAUUAUUGCCAGUAUGAAAAGGAACACAGGACAUUAAGAAUGACACCCAUGGAGCAGAAGCCCGGGUCGAAGCAAGGUACCUUACAAUUUGUGCUGAAAUCCUGUGUGAGGCGGAAGACAGACUCCAUAGACAAAAGAUUUUGCUUUGAUAUUGAGACAAUGGAAAGGCCUGGGACUAUCACCAUGCAAGCUCUUUCAGAAGCAAACAGACGUCUCUGGAUGGAGGCCAUGGAUGGCAAAGAGCCGAUCUACCACAGUCCCAUCACAAAGCAGGAGGAAAUGGAGCUGAAUGAGGUUGGCUUCCGAUUUGUCCGGAAGUGCAUCAACGCCAUAGAAACAAAAGGGGUUACAACGGAAGGUGUGUAUCGAACGGUGGGCAGCAACAUCCAGGUCCAGAAACUCUUGAAUGCAUUCUUUGAUGCCAAAUGCCCAGGCGAUGUUGACCUCCAGACCAGUGACUGGGACAUCAAGACAAUUACCAGCUCUUUGAAGUUCUACCUCAGGAACCUCUCUGAACCUGUCAUGACAUACAGACUUCACAAAGAAUUGGUCUCAGCUGCCAAAUCUGAGAACCUGGACUACCGGCUGGGAGCCAUCCACGCUCUGGUCUAUAAACUCCCUGAUAAGAACCGAGAGAUGCUGGAACUUCUCAUCAGGCAUCUGGUCCACCUGUGCUCACACAGCAGGGAGAACCUGAUGACUCCCUCCAACAUGGCAGUGGUAUUUGGUCCCACGCUUAUGCGGGCUCAGGAGGACACCGUUGCAGCAAUGAUGAAUAUCAAGUUCCAAAACAUCGUGGUGGAGAUCCUCAUAGAGCACUUUGACAAGAUAUAUUUUGGUCCCCCUGAGGACAAUGCCACCCCACCAGUGCCUCCUCCACGGGUGGCCACUCGGAGGCACAAGCCCAUCACCAUCUCCAAACGCCCUCUGAGGGAGAGGCCCGUCUUCUUCGGAGGUUCUGUGGAAGAGAAUGAAGGUGGCAGCCACGGCAUAACUCCCAAUGGCUUGAUUAUGCCCAGUUGCCCGGAAGCUCCCAGGCCGCUACAGCGGAGCAGGCUGCCUGCCCAGAGGAUAGUAGAGCUCGAUCCUGGGAAGCUCAGUCCAGAAAGCAGGCCUGACCAGUGUGCAGAGGUGGAUGUAGGAAGGCUGGUGUCCAGGCUGCAGGACGGGGGAGCCAAGUUUGCCAGCAAAGCUGCCAAUGGCGUCAUGCCCGGCCCUGCCUCUCUGAAGGUGUCCGCUGUCCACACAAAGAGGCCUGCACCAAGACCUGGGGUUUGUGGCAAAGAGGGAGAUUCUGAAGGCUUCGCUAGAGUGCGAUCUCCCGGAGAGAAACCAACCAUAACGCGUCCUCCAGUGAGACCCCCAGACCCUCCCUGCAAAGCCCCCACACCUCAGAAGCUGGAGCCGAAGCCAGAGCUAUUGACUGGUGGGCCAGCAGAUGCUCUUCCCUCUGUAGUGGCUUCCCGAACAAAGUUCUUUGAGACGGCGUCCUUCAGGACAGGAAGUUCCUCAUCACCUCAAGGCAGGCUCCCAAGCGACGAAAGCUGAGAGGCUAAAAGACUUUCACGUGGCUGACCCUGGCUGGUUCCGGAGAGAC